AUGGAAAAACUAUUUGCAAUCCUACUUAUUGUCUUGGCUCUCAUCUCCAUGGUAAUGGCUUCCCAGUGUGAUUGUGAAGAGGCAUACGAAGCUUGCAGCCUUAAGGGCGGUACCGCAUUAUCAUGUGGCCGUGAUCUGUUCAUCUGCCUUAGUAGCUGUGCUUAA